AUGUCACAACAAGUUGGAAACAGUAUUAGAAGAAAAUUGGUUAUAGUAGGUGAUGGUGCUUGUGGUAAAACAUGUCUUUUGAUUGUAUUUUCCAAGGGUCAAUUCCCUGAAGUUUAUGUCCCAACAGUUUUUGAAAAUUAUGUUGCAGAUGUAGAAGUGGAUGGUCGUCGUGUUGAAUUGGCUUUAUGGGAUACUGCAGGUCAAGAAGAUUAUGAUAGAUUAAGACCAUUAUCUUACCCUGAUUCCAAUGUUGUGUUGAUUUGUUUUUCUAUUGAUUUGCCAGAUUCUUUGGAAAACGUUCAAGAAAAGUGGAUUGCAGAAGUUUUACAUUUUUGCCAAGGUGUACCUAUUAUCCUUGUUGGUUGUAAAGUAGAUCUAAGAAAUGAUCCUCAAACUAUAGAGACUCUAAGAGAAGCUGGAUUACAGCCUGUAACAUCAGCUGACGGUCAAUCUGUAGCCGAUCAAAUCGGUGCUACUGGUUACUAUGAAUGUUCUGCAAAGACAGGUUAUGGUGUUAGAGAAGUCUUUGAGGCUGCUACAAGAGCUUCCCUAAUGGGGAAGUCUAAGAAUAAUGGAAAGGCAAGAAAAUCUAAUAACGGUGAUAAAAAGAAGAAGAAGAAAUGUGUUUUAUUAUAA